UCCUUCCUUUCCUUCCCUUUCCUUCUUGACUCUCGCCUUUCUCCUCACCUCCUCCUCCUCCUCCAUCCCCCCUCUCUGCGCUCUCUCCCUUCCUCUGCUCCUUCAAGCUCCGACCUUUCUCGACGUAGGUACAGAGAGAGUAAGAAGGAGAGAGUAUUUGGACUUACCCAGAAAGAGAGAGAAGGGGAAGGAGGGAGGGAUUGAGAGAGAGAGAAGAGAGAGAGAGGUGAAGGGGAGUGAGAUGAAAGGAGAAGGCAAGGCAGUAAUGAAGUCAAAGUUGAAAUGGGUUGGGCUAGUGGGGCUCAUCCUAUCGUCCCUCUCCAUCUCUGUCCACUUCUUCCUCGCCAGAUUCACCGAGCAGGGCUUCUCCGAGUACCAAGCCUCCAUCACCAUCUUCUCCUGGCGACCCAUCUUCGAAACCGCUGUGGAUGUCCCCAAAACUAGUCCCUUGCACAGAAGGCUAUGGAGCCCCAUGAGGCGUCUAGAUCCCUUGCAUCCACACGCCAACCCUAGAGGAUAUUAUGCAGAUCCCAGUUCGAAGACCACUGGGUUCAUCUUUGUGAGGAUACAAGGCGGUUUCCAUGAGAUCAGAAACUCGGUAAGCGAUGUGGUUGUGGUUUCUCGCCUUCUUAAUGCGACUCUAGUGGUUCCUGAGAUCCAAUCAACUACAAGCAGCAAAGGAAUCAGUUCGGAGUUUAAGAGUUUCUCCUACCUCUACAAUGAGGAACAAUUUAUUUCUGCAUUAGCUAGGGAUGUUCAUGUUAUUAAAACCCUUCCAAAAAAUCUCAAAGGUGCAAGGAGGAAAAAGAAGAUCCCUCUUUUUAGGGUACCUUACCAGGCCUCCCCUUACUUUUAUCUCCACCAUGUUCUCCCUGUGCUUAGCAAGCAUUCAGUUGUUGAGCUAGUCAUCUCCAAUGGUGGUUGCUUGCAGGCUAUUCUCCCAUCCCAAUUUGAGGAGUACCAGAGGCUAAGGUGUAGGGUCGCUUUUCACGCUCUUCGAUUUAGAGGAGAGGUUCAGGAACUUGCAACCAAGAUUUUGCAAAGGCUGAGGUCUCCUGGAAGGCCAUUUAUAGCGUAUGAUCCUGGGAUGACUCGAGAUGCCUUGGCCUAUUAUGGCUGUGCUGAGCUGUUCCAGGAUGUACAUAACGAACUUAUUCAACACAAGAGGUCAUGGAUGAUAAAGCGGGGGAUUAUUAAAGGGAAGCUUUCUGUGGAUUCAGCGGCACGACGCCUCAAAGGCUCAUGUCCUCUUAUGCCUGAAGAGAUUGGAAUCCUUCUUCGUGCUUACGGGUACCCAUGGGACACUAUUAUAUAUGUCUCUGGUGGUGAAGUUUUUGGGGGCCAAAGGGCUCUAAUUCCCCUCCAUGCCAUGUUCGAGAAUGUUAUUGAUAGGACUUUCCUGAGCACAAGCUGGGAGAUGAGUAGACUUUAUGGCCACGAGACUAAUCUCGUCAACAACCAUCCUAAGAAGCUUCCGGUCAUCGACUUCAAAUCCAAGCGUGAAGAAUGGAAGCUCGCAGGCCCACGACCCCGGCCCCUUCCACCACCCCCAGCGAGGCCUAAAUACCCAUACAACAUCGAAGGGUGGUGGGGUUGGGUCGCUGAGAGUGAUAAUGAGCCAGAGAGCACCGUGAUGGAGUUGAGGAUGAAUGCCCAUAAAUUGCUGUGGGAAGCAAUCGAUUAUAUAAUCUGCUUGGAGGCUGAUGUUUUUAUUCCUGGGUUUGAUCGCGAUGGGAAGGGUCACCCGAAUUUUGCUAGCUUGGUGAUAGGACACAGGCUCUACCAGUCAGCUACAUCAAGAACUUACCAACCAGACAGGAAAGAAGUCGCCGAGCUCUUGGAACAGACCCGGGAUCACCUAUAUCAAGCAAAUAUCACGUGGGUGAAAUCAAUACGCCGACUCAUGAGGAAGGGUCUACUCGACGGACUAUCAGGAGGGUCGAUGAAAUUGAAGUCCUUUUCUUUCCUCUCCCACCCGGUCCCUGAGUGUUCCUGCACAACACAUGACCUACAAGACCCACAACUUAAGGCUGUCGUGGGAGCUGUGCACCGAUGUCCUUCUUGGAUGAAUACUGGUUCAGGUACAGUCCCGAAAGAAAAGGAAAGUGAGGACGAUCUUGAGGAAGACGACCCCUCGUCGUCUUCUUCGGGAUUGUUUUUCGGGAAUGCUGGUGGAAAUCAUGAGAGUGGGGGUGAGGCGAGUAAGGAGGAAACCCAAUUAGAGGACCAGGAAGAACUCGAGGGUGGAGAAAGAUGAUACUAGGAGGCUAAAUCGAGCCGUGUACAUGAGCUAUAAUUAUAACUUUGCUGGCUAACCACAAUUUUUUCUUUUUCCCUUUUCGUUUUGGCAUUGGAGCAAUUUUGGGAUAGAACUAACAUACUUUGACUUCAGCCUUCAAGAUGUUCAGUACUUUUGUACAAAACCUGUAUAUGAUCUUUCUUGUUACUUUCUUCCUUUUCUAGUGUGAAUUUGAUUAUGCUUUACUACA